GUUACGUCACAUGACCUUCCACCUAAGCCGGCCUGCCCUAGUUGACUUGAUCACGGGAUGUCUUUGCAGUUUUCAGCAUGGAGCUCCACGGUUUGAGUUGAGCUAGUAUGAGCAUGGUUGGAUGGAUGCUCAAAUAAUUGGAAAACAACAUAGUUAAAACGGCGACGUCGCGUUGUUAAUUUUGUAGCCUCUUUUUAUGUUUAUAAUGAGCAGAUGAUGAGCGUGAGUUUGCCAAUAGCGCAAAGCCAGGGGGCCAAUUUCCGGACAAUAGCUUGAUAAUUGAUGUCGAAUGGCUUCAUACAUGUAAGACAUAUGACAUGUAGGUCCGUAAGUCAAGAUAGGUGUGGAAUCUUCAAGAAUAAACUGGGCGUGAUUGUUGAAAGAGAGAAGCAAAAUGAUGAACAUGAACAAGACGUUUCAUUUCUCGGACAUGAUUAUGGACUUCCUGUUUCAAGGAUGUAACAUAGACUCAUGGCCAGAUAUGAUAGCAGCCGUUGGGGCAGUCUUCCUCGUUGCGGUUUUUUUGGAACUCAUGAAACUGCUCAACUCCAAGCUGAAGCAGAAGAGGUGCAAGAGCCCCCUGGAGGGUAUGCAGGAGCCGGUGACUAAGCGGCAAAGCUCCAUCAACGGACAGUCCGGCACGCAGCAGUCACCACUGCUUGCAUCGCUGAGAAUCCCGAGCAGUGUCUCCAAAAUUAGACAAAGAAGAUUAAAGUUUCACAUGGUAGAGUCAAUCCUCCAUAUCUUCCAAGUUUCCAUCGGGUACAUAUUGAUGUUAGUAGUGAUGACCUACAAUGCGUACCUCCUCAUAACCGUCGUCCUGGCACUGACUGCCGGUUACUUCUUCCUGGCACCAUUGCGGAGAAUGAGGGAGCCGCGCCGGGUACCAGUGCGCCACGAAUCGCUGACAGACUCGGAACAGAGGGCAUUUAGUGGCAGCACCAGUAGCACCGCAAUCAUCGAAUCGGCCGAGAAUGUACAGAACCCACACUAUGGCAGUCUGUAUGAGUGAACUGGGGGCAGCUGGUCAAAUAUAACAAUUGGAAUUCAUGUGUGCACAAAAUUAUAAAUUUACUGCUGCAUGCACUGAUUUUGAACGGUGCUUAAAUCACUGUCGUUACUGACAGAAGAGAAUUUCUUCCAAGUACAGCACUUUGGUGAUGCAGUGGCCAGUCAUGAUGGAAAAUUGUGAGAAUUGCAAUACCCUGUCCACAAAAAUGUAGAGCCAACUUUGAUGAUUUUCUUUUUAAUUAUUAAGAGUUACAAUAUAAUGUACGCUAAACAUGUAGUUGUAUACUGCAUAUUCAAAGUUUUUUUUUGGGGGGGGGGAUGUUAAAAUUCUGUUAUAUGCGUUUUUGUUUCCCUUGAUCCACCAACUAUUAUACAAGUAGAUUGCUCAUUCUUUGAAAAUGUGCUUCCAGAAGUCACUUUCAUUGACAUGCCUGUUUUCUUGGUCAACUUCAGGAGAAUGUUUCCAAACUGAAAAAGAAACUUCACUUUUUUUGUUUGCUGUUUGAAACAUGACUUAUUUUGUAUACAUAGAUGUGCACUCAUCUUAGUGCCCAUAGCUAGUCCUGAAUCUUUCGAUUUUAAUACAUUUUGCAUGAUAAUCACUUGGUUCCGCGUGAAUGUUGCUAAACAAUUAUUUCUCCCACAAUUAAAAAUACAAACUAGCACAACCCUGUAAUCAAAUCCAAUUAUUUACGAACACUUUAUCUUUCUGUAAAUGAAGAUUUUCUUUUCUCGGGGAUUACGUUUUCUCCCUAUGCAAGUACAUUUUGUACACAUGUAUGCAUUCUCAUUAGGGCCGUGCAUCGGAACCAAGUACCCGACCGUUAGUGUCAGGAACCGUUGAUAUCAGAUACAGUGUACACACUUGUAUCUCACUGUAUUGAUGCAUUGAUGUACAUGUAGUCGUAUUAUCGUUUGAA